AUGGCCCGGACUUGGCUGCUGCUUCUCCUGGCCCUCGGGUGUCCAGCCCUGCCCACAGAUGUAACCACUCUCCUGAGGCUGGCACGACAAGGUGUGCGUGGCACCCCCUUCCCCUCCCUGGCCCCACCAAUCACGCUGCUGGUAGAUGGGAAGCAGCAGACACUGGUGGUCUGCCUGGUCCUCGAUGCUGCACCCCCUGGCCUUGAGAGCUCCAUCUGGUUCUCAGCUGGCAAUGGCAGCGCACUGGACGCCUUCACCUACGGCCCUUCCCUAGCAGAAGAUGGCACCUGGACCAGCUUGGCCCAGCUCUCCCUGCCCUCUGAGGAACUGGCAGCCUGGGAGACCUUGGUCUGCCACACUGGGCCUGGGGCUGGGGACCACAGCCGGAGCACACAGCCCCUACAGCUCUCAGGAGAGGCUUCCUCAGCCAGGAUCUGCCUCCGGGAGCCUCUCAGGGGGACACGGGGCCAGACGCUGCGGCUGGGGGCGCUGCGGCUGCUGCUCUUCAAGCUGCUGCUGUUUGACUUGCUCCUGACCUGCAGCCGCCUCCGCGCCCUGCCCGCCGCGCGGGGGUACCCGGCCCGGGCGCCUGGCCCGCGAGCCCCCGCGACCCACGAGCCCCCCGCGGCCCCGAGGGCGGACCGUCCUUUCCUUCCGCAGCCUCUGCCCGUAGGAGAGCCCUCAGCCCCCGCCCACUGGCUUCGCCGCAGUGAUGGGGGGACCACAGGCCGAGCGCUCACCCCGUCCACCCCGCCGGCGCUGCAGCCCAGGGCCGGCCGGGAAGUUCCCACCCUCCGUCCGCGUCCGGAUCCCAGGAGCCCAGUCUGGGAGGAGGGGAUGGUCUCUGCCAACCGAGCUUGGGCCUGA